AUGCCUCAUUUAGGACUCUCAUUGAAAAGAAAGCAGAAUUUCCGACGACUUCACUUCAUGAUAGUUAUUAUACUUGUAGUUUAUACCAUGUACGCGAGUUGGUAUAUGAUGGGUGCAACUAUUCUUAGUAGACGUCAAUUAAGAGAUACAAAAAAAGAUAGAAAGAGAAAUAGAUUUGCGAAUAUAUGUAGGCUCAUAAAAGAAAGUGAUGAUGUGUGUAAGAGUGAACUUCGCAUGGAUAGACGUACAUUUUUUAUUCUUUGUGAGAUGCUUAGGGAUAUUGGAGGUUUACAAGCGACCCGGAAUAUGUCAUUGGAAGAAAUUGUUUCAAUUUUUUUAUAUGUUUUAUCUCAUCAUCAAAAGAAUAGGACAAUGUGUACUUAUUUUAUAAGAAGUGGAGAAUCUGUGAGUAGACAUUUUAACCGUUGUUUGAAAGCUGUCCUGAAAUUGCAUGAUGAACUAUUAAAAAAGCCUACACCAAUAACCGAUGAUUGCACCGAUGAUAGAUGGAAAUGCUUUAAGAAUUGUCUAGGAGCAUUAGAUGGUACUUACAUUAAUGUGAAAGCACCCGUUGAGGAAAGAUCUAGAUAUCGGACAAGAAAAGGAAAUAUAGCAAUGAACGUCUUAGGUGUUUGUUCACCUGAUAUGCAAUUCAUCUAUGUGUUACCUGGUUGGGAGGGUUCAGCGGCGCAUGAUGGUCGUGUCCUACGAGAUGCGAUUUCACGGCCUAACGGUCUAAAAAUUCCUCAAGGUUGCUAUUACUUGGUGGAUGCUGGAUACACUAAUGGUGAGGGAUUUCUUGCUCCAUAUCGAGGGCAACGUUAUCAUCUAGAUGAGUGGAGAGGUGAUAGGCAGCCACAAACUGCAGAGGAAUAUUUCAACAUGAAACACUCUAGAGCUAGAAAUGUCAUCGAAAGAUGUUUUGGUGUGCUUAAGGGAAAAUGGUCUAUUCUUAGAAGUUGCUCUUACUAUCCAAUUAAGACCCAAGGACGUAUCAUUCUAGCAUGUUGUUUAUUGCACAAUUUGAUUAGAAGAAACAUGCCAACAGAUAUAGAAGUACUUUAUGAAGAAGAAGAAGAAGAUAUAGAUGAUGAUGAUGAUAGUGAAAGUGAAAUGGAAUGCAUCACAACAAUUCAAACAUCUAAUCAUUGGAGUAAUUUCAGAAAUUCACAUGCCCAACAAAUAUUCAACAACUGGAGAGUUAACUUUAGUAGAGCCAAUAGUAUGUUGUAACUUUGCUAUUAUUAGUUAGUAUUAAGUAUUGCAAAGAAACGAUUACCUUUUAUGCAAGGUUACUUUUUGUAAUAACUUGUGAAUGUGUUUAUUAGUGUGCUUAUUUUUUUUAUGAAAGACUGAUUAUUGAAUUCUAUUUAUUUCUAUUUCUUUUACUUUUUAUCUUUGUUUUACUGUUUCAUUGUUGGAUUUUUCCAUUUUCAGGCUUUCUGAGCAAUGUCU